AUGUCUUUUUCUUCAUUUUCUAUAAUUCAGAGGGAAGUGGCUGAGGGGGAAGAUACCAAUGAGCUCCAACUUAUUAAGAACUUUGAACAAUGGUUGCAAAGAGAAAACAACAAACUAUCUAAAAUUCUUGCCUUGGAUCUAUCAAGCAAUGAAGAGGUUGAAGCAAGAUACACCAAACUAAAGGAGCUUCAGCUAAGGGUCCCUGAAGGUCAAUAUCAUUUUGAAGAACUUCUCCAUCUUCAACCAGCUGGCAAGAACUGGGAUGAACUAGAGGAAUUGCGUUACCAAUGGAUGCUCUACAAGUCCAAACUGAAGGACUCCAAUAAUGCAUUGAUGACAAGCCAUUUCAAAGAACCAAACCUAUUCAGAAAGGGUCGACCAGUAAGUGCAUGUUCCUUCCUACGUCGUGUGUGCUGUGCUGCUUUACCACUCCAGUUGCUGCUGUUGCUUCUGCUACUCCUUGCCUUUCUGCUCCCCCUAGCAGAGGAGACACAGAGUUGCAAGCUCACCAACAACUUUGCACACUCCUUCAACUUAAUGCUGAGACACGAUCGCCCACCACCAAUUUAAGUUCUCCUUGCCUGCAGUGCAGCUAAGUUACAGAUUGCAUUUUCCCCAGCAGUUUCCCCCGCACCACAGAUCUUUAUCUUGUGUUAAGUCCUUCAAGAAUCAUGGCAACUGCUAAAGAGUCCAUUUAAAACUGGAAAUUUGGUUAAAUGACCGCCAUUGUCCAAUGUAUGCUCAGGCUGGAGAAAUGAAGUAUUCAUAUUUAGAGCUAAAAUACAUUUUUAAAAUAUAUGAUUAUAUUUAUAUUGUAUAUAUGAUUUUAUAUAGAUAUAUAUAUAGAUAUAUGUAUGUGUAUCAAAAAUGUCCUGACAUUGAUGUUUUCAACAAAUUCUACUCUUUAUUUGAGUAUGUCUUCGUUGAAAAAUAGUCUGUGUUAAGCACAAAAAUAAAAAGAAUAAUAUAAGAAGGUAUGAAAAAUGACUUAUCACCCAAUGGUAGCAGCAGCCAUGUGUCAUUCUCCUUCCUGUGUUUUUACAUACAUCAUGCUUACAAUUGCCAUCUGAUUGAAAUAGGCAAUUGGAUGAUUCGUUGGAACAGCCAUUCUCUCUCAGCCAAACCUGUCUCAUACUCCUGCUAAUAUUCCCCAAGAGCAAGUAUUAAUGUCAUAAAGCCUCUGAUCUUCGGGGUGGCAUAUAAUUAGUAAUUACUGAAAAUCUUAUUUGUUCCAUCAGCUUAUCUGAUCCCUUUUCUACAAGCUGUAGGUGAUGAGACUUAGAUUCACGUCAGUGAAACAGUUCACACUACAGAGACAAUAUGAUUCAUUCCACCAAAGCUGAACUGAAUCAUGCCCCAUAUUGCCUCAACAAAACCAUUUGGGUGGCCUUCUACCACAUGGGCCAGUUUGCCGGAGAAGAUUCUUCCCAUGUUUUUCUCAAUAGGACAGUUCCCAGGAUAGGCAGUUUUUGGAUUACCCACAUUGUACCUCAGAACUUCCUGGCCUGGAAGACCUCUGUGUGGGGUUUCUGGCAAAUAAUUUGGAUAAGACAAGCCCCGGGGACUAGGGUUGCAGAGAAGACACCACUUACCUCCUUGAAACUGCCUGCAAAAAAAAAUCUGGUAGACCAUCAACCUGGGCUUCAGGUUGACUGCUUUGGAUGCACAUUAUAAUCAAUCACAGUAUUCACUGAAAUAGCCAUACCAAGAAGCCCUUGAGCAGUAUGGUGGGAGAAACCUCCUUUCAGCCUUCUCCUGUAGCACUCCCACAAGGAGCUCCUCUCAGCCUUCCACCACAGACAAAGCUCUGUAGGAGAAUGUGGAAAGGUAGUACACAAUAUGGCGAGGUGAACCAACAUGGUUGCUUCACUCUUAGAACCAAUAGGAUCACAUUGCUUUCCAAAGGUGCUUUAUGAAAAUCUCUAUUGAAGUCAAAACUUUGCAUAGCUCGAUUUUCUCCAUGUUGUGGAAAGAAAUGCCAAUAUAACUACAUGCUGCAUGAAAAAGGAUUUAUUUUUGUUUAUUCUCAAUUUCAUACUAUUCAGCUAGAUUGGAUGACUUGGAAUUCUCCUAAAUAGUAAACAGGCAUUUAGAAUAUGUAUCUGAUUGUUCCCCUCAGCAUAGUUAAAUCAGAGUUGGCAACCUUGUAGUUGUAGAUAGAAUCGCAUAAUGUGCUUUUAAAUGUUCUGCCAAAGGGAAGAGAAGUCAACUAUAGUUAUAUGGGGGGGGGGGUGUACUUUAGCUGGGUUCACACAUCAUGCUAAAUCAUAGUGUGGUUUUCUCUGGUUUUUAGUUUACCAUGUAAAUCAUGGCUUGGCACAAUUUGGUUUCUUCAAACAACAUUGUUAAAAAAUGAAACAGCCAUAAUUUUACUACACUGUAUGAACCCGGUCAGUUUCUGUAAGUAAUCAGCUUUCUGUUCCAGGUAGAUAACCCAGUAGAGGAUCUAUUAAGGUCUUCGUAAAUCAUACAAAAUAUGAAAUAUGGUUGAAUACGGUAUGGAUAAUGCAGCUGGAACCCUGAGCCAUAAUAUGAAUCUGUAAAGGCACUCCAGUGUAUCCAGGAGAUACAAAAAAGCAUGAAAAGAAGGGCGGGUGGGAAGAAUAGAGAAGAAGGGCAAUGGGGGAGGAAAAUUGGCCAGCACAAAAGAAUAGUCCAGAGAUGCUCUCAUAAAAUGAUUUUGUUAGUUGAAAAUAGGGCUGCUGGCUUUCCAACAAUUCAGUGGAACUCUGCCUUUCCCAGUAACAUGACUAGUGGUGGGAUUCAACUGGUGUAACAACCAGUUCACUAAGCGCAUAUUUUGUAUGUAUGCAUGCUUUGUGCACAUAUACACGCCAAAUGUACACACUGUACGCGUGCAGUACAUUUGAAAACAGCUCUACAACGUACCUUCUACUUCAGCCCCAAUGAGCCCAGGCUGAGGCGCAGCAAUCCGCUCUGCUGCGCCUAUCAGCUGGGCUUCAAACAAAGGAAAUAUAAGACAGGCUGGU